AUGCCAUUGGGCUUGACCAACUUAUCCGUGGUCUUCCAGAGGCUCAUGAAUUAUGUCUUCCAAGACCUGCUCGACCACUUUGUCAUUAUUUAUUUAGAUGGCAUCUUGGUCUAUUCUAACGACCCUGUCCAGCACAUUGAGCACGUUCGUCAAGUUCUUCAGUGCCUUCGGACCCAUGGUCUCUACGCCAAGCUAGAGAAGUAUCCUCAGCUCCCUUUCACGGUGGAGGCAGAUGCCUCCAGUGUGGCUAUUGGUGCCGUCCUUUCUCAACGAGACGACCCUACACAGCCUCUUCAGCCUUGCGCAUACUACUCCUGUCAGCUGACAGCAGCUGAGAGGAACUACACCAUCUGGGAGAGAGAGCUGCUGGCCAUCAAGGCCGCCUUCAAAGUAUGGAGACACUACCUCAAAGGGGCCCGCCAUCCCGUUCAGGUGCUCGCGGACCCCCGGACCUUGGAGCAUCUACAGACCACCCAUCAUCUCAACCAACGACAGAUCCGGUGGUCUCUGUUCUUGUCUCAGUUUGACUUCCGAAUCUCCUAUAUUCCGCAGACACAAAAUCAAAAAGCCAACACUCUCUUCUGUAAACCAGAAUAUGCCCCUGCUCUGACCGAAGAAACCCCCGCUACUUCCAUCUUGCCACCUGUGGUAUUUGCAGCUACCUCCAGCCAUUCUACCCUGACUAGUGACAUCCACACUGAACAAGCCAAGAACUCUUGGGCUCAACAACGCCUGCAGGACCUUCAGGAAGGCCCAGCAGGAGAACUCACCACUCGAGAUGAUCUACUACUCCACCAAGACCGCCUUUAUGUACCACCCGGGCCUCUUCAAGCAGAGGUCUUGCGCCUGACCAACGACUCUCUUCCUGCAGGGCAUUUCAGUCAACAUAAAACAACCCACCUCCUGACGUGGGAAUUCUGGUGGCCUCGAGUACAUGCUGACAUUGCCCGGUAUGUCAGCUCCUGUGAUGUUUGUCGGCGAGCCAAGGGUCUUCCUGCCAAGCCCUCAGGCUUACUACACCCCUUACCAAUGCCUUCCGGGCCCUGGGACACUAUUUCAAUGGAUUUUAUCGUGGACCUCCCUCGAUCCCAAGGGCAUACCUGCAUCUUUAACUCAGCGAACCUGGAGCUGCCUCGUAUCAGGAGUGCCUUGGUAGCAGGCAAGGCUUCCGAAGGCUCAGAGAAGCUCUUCUCUCCUGCAGCAACUAAAGGUCCAGCCUCGAAUGACAAGGCCGAAGUGAAAGCAGCAAGCGUCCCAAAGGUUUCCGGGCUGGAGCGCAGCCAGGAACUGAGCACUGACGUGCCCUUUGUACUACCGAUCCACAGCCCCCAGCCACCCGCUGCUGUAGUGACUUCAACGUCCUCCGCGCCCACAUCGAGUGCCCGAGCGAGCCCGCUGUUGAAGAAAGAGCCAUUGAUCACACCACCAGCACCCCCGAGGCUCACCCCUCAGCCCCAGCCUCGGCCUCAGUCGCAACCUCAGCCUCGGCCUCAGUCUCACCCACAGCUGCUGCCUGAGCUUCGAACACAACCUCAGAGCCACAUCCCCCCUCCCCUCAAUUACCAAGUGCAUCACCAGGUGGCCCACAACGGACUCAAUAACAUCAGCAGAAGCAGCAGUGCCAGCAGUGCCACGAGCAUCAGCCUCCCCAAACAUCUCCCCCUCUCCCCGCAGAUCCCUCCCCACCACUCCUCCGGUCCAGCUCUGCCCCUCUCUAUCUCUAACCUUGCUGCCUCGCAUUUCCCUCUCAGAUCGCAGUCCCAACACCAGCACCAUCCGGCCAUGUUUGCCACCCCUCCCACGCUGCCACCUCCUCCAGCGUUACCUACCAACAGCCUUGUGAUCCCAGGUCACCCUGCAGAUACCAGCCUGUUGAUAUCAUUCAACCAACCAAUCAUGUAUUGCCAGCCUCAUUCGGGGAUUCUGAUUGGUACUUUGUCACAGGCAUCUCUCUUACCUCCACCAAUGAGUCCUCACGUAGAAAACCACCACAGCAUGACCUGCAGAAACAGGGAAUGCCAGUUCGACAAGUAUGCUCCCAAACUCGAUAAUCCUUAUUUCCGUCAUUCCAACUUCUUUCCAAGCUACCCUCCAGCCAUGCCCGGAAUGCCACCAAUGCUUCCGCAUUCAGGUCCCUUCGGGUCUCUUCAGGGAGCCUUUCAGCCGAAGACUUCAAAUCCGAUCGAUGUAGCAAGCAGGCCUGGCACAGUACACCACACUCUUCUGCAAAAGACACCGGGGGUGUCUGACCCAUAUCGGCCUCCAGUACGAAAGCCUGGCAAGUGGUGUGCCGUUCACGUCCAGAUCGCCUGGCAGAUCUACCAUCACCAGCAGAAGAUAAAGCAAAUGCAGCUGGAUCCUCACAAGCUAGAAAUCGGAGGGAAACUUGACCUGUUCAGCAGACCUCCUGCCCCGGGGGUGUUUCCGGGGUUUCAUUAUCCUCAGGAUCUUGCCCGGCCUCUGUUUUCCACCACAGGUUCCGCCCAUCCCGCCACCACGCCCUUUGGACCAUCGCCUCACCAUAGCAGUUUCCUGCCUACUAGCCACCUGGCAGAUCCAUUUAGCAGGUCAAGCACCUUCAGCGGCCUUGGGAACUUAGGCAGCAAUGCCUUUGGAGGAUUAGGCAGUCAUACUCUGAGUCACAACAGCAUUUUUGCCCACAAAGAAGGGCCAAACCUCCAGAGCUUUAACAAUCCACACGAGCCAUGGAACAGACUCCACCGGACACCACCGUCGUUUCCGACCCCCCCUCAGUGGCCCAAACCCGGUGACUCCGAGCGGAGCUCCUCAGUGACGAAUCAUGACAGAGACCGGGAGUCAGAGAAGAGGGAACUUUCCACAAGCAAAGAGGACAGAGACAAGGAGAGGGAUCUUUUGGACAAAAACAGACAUUCAAACAGAUCCUCACCAGCUUCAGCUCCAGUGACUCACCAGAUCAGCAACCUCAUCCGUAGCAACAGCCUGACCUCCAACGAACCCACCAGACAAGUAGGACUCAGUGACAGAGAAAGGUCUAAAGAACCAGAGAGAGACAUUCCCGACCGGCUGAGGGACCCUCCUCCAAUCGUGGAGCACAAGAUCAAAGAAAGCCGCUCUCCAGUGAAGGAACCACCAAGCCAUGACAAGAGAUCCUCAGAGGACAACACAAAGCCAGUAAUUCAGUCUGUAUCUCCCUACAGCAAACCUGCACUGAGCGAGAGCUUGAAACUCAGCAAUUUAAUGAACAAGGACAUUGAAAGAAAGCCCGAGCUUCCAACUGACCUUCAGAAAAUAAAAAACGACAUCAAGGUCAAAGAGGAGCGCAAGGAGGAUGGGGACGUUUUGGUUGUGAGCUCAGAACCUUCACAGCAUUCCAGAACUGUUGAGCACCCACCGCCACCUUCCUUGCAUGGAUUACCACUGCCCCAUACAAUGGCAGCCACGAUGCCUCUCUCCAUGAGCAGCGUCCAUCAGAUGAACAACAUGAAUGUCCUGGACCGAAGCAGAAUGAUGACCCCAUUAAUGGGCAUGAAUCCCUUGUCGGGCAGGGAGAGGCUGCCCCAUCCUGGGUUUUCUUGGGACCCAGUGAGGGACCCAUUACGAGAUGCCUAUCGGAGCUUAGACCUGCACCGUCGAAUGGACUUCCAGCUCCGAGCAGAACCCAUCCACAGGUUCCCCACCACUUCUGGAUUCUACGACCAUGAGCGUUCUUACCGAGACAGAGAGCCCCACGACUAUAACCACGAGAACCUGCUCGAAGCACGGCGUGAGCAGGAGAGGCUUCGACAAGUGGAGGAGAGGGAGCGGUUGCACUUACGGGAAGAACUGGAGCGUGCCAGGAUGCAGCACUUGCACCCAUCCCCUAUCGAAAGUCACUUGGCACACGUGCCAUCCUUCAUGCCUCAUCUUGGUGGGAUGCAUUACCCCAGACUCAGCCCCUCCGCAGCCAUGCACAACGGAAUCCUAAAUAGGAACCCCCCGCCCACAGCCGCUUUGAGUGCCCCGCCCCCUUUGGUACCAGCCAAUAGUACAAGACCUUCCUCUCCCCGCCGGACUACUCCACUCACAAACUCAGAAUCAAGAGACUAUUCUCCUUCUAGGAACCCCAAAGAAGUUGAGGCGCGAUAAUCCCUAACACGCAGGAUGAAUUUAAAACUCGCCUGUAAAUAUAGGAGGAGGGGAGAAAAAAAUACCUUUUAAAAAUG